CUUCCUCUCAUCCACUCUCGCGCUCUCGAGCCCCGUUCCUCCGUGCGCGCUCCCGCUCAGAGACAGGCACAGAGAGCCCGAGGAGCAGACGAGCGACAGCGGGGGAGAGAGGAAGAUGGAGGUACGGGUCGGGGAGAGACUUCUGUGCCUGGCGGUGCUGUACAGCGUCUUCUGCGUGGAUUCAGUCCUCGGGAAAUACGUCAAAGGUAUCGUCAACACCAAAGAGGACUGGGUUUUCCUCACUCGCUUCUGCUUUCUCACUGAUUUUGGACGUCUGGACUUCCGGUUCCGCUAUCCAAAGUCUCGCUGCUGUCAGAACAUAUUGCUCUACUUUGAUGACAGUUCUCAGUGGCCAGCUGUGUACAAGAGGCCUGAAAAGAACUGCUACCAGAAGGAAGCGGUGCUGAGGCCAGAGAACAACCAGGUCAUCAACCUCACAACACGCUACACCUGGUCAGGCUGUGUGGUGGAGGGAGACGGGAAUGAAGAGGUUCUGAGCUGCGUGGGUGGCCGUAGUUUCCGCUCGGUGAGGGAGAGAUGGUGGUACAUCGCUCUCAGCAAGUGUGGGGGGGAUGGCUUGCGGCUGGAGUACGAAAUGAAACUGACCAAUGGCCAGUCUUUCUGGACGCAGCAUUUCUCUGCAGAUGAGUUCGGAAUCCUGGAGACGGACAUAACGUUCCUGGUCAUCUUCUCCAUGGUGUUCCUCCUGUCCUGCUACUUUGCCUACAAUUUAAAGGGAAGACAGCUUCUUCACACAACCUACAAAAUGUUUAUGAUGGCAGCAGGCGUAGAGGUGCUCAGCCUGUUGUUCCAUUGUGUCUACUGGGGCCUGUAUGCUAGAGAUGGAGUCGGCAACGGCAGCCUGAAAUUACUCGGGAAAUUACUGUUCUCCGUCAGUUUCUUGGUGUUCCUUCUGAUGCUCAUAUUGUUGGGCAAAGGUUUCACUGUCACCAGGGCAAGGAUCAGUCACAGCGGGUCGGUUAAACUGAGCAUCUACAUGACAGUCUACACAAUGACCUAUGUCAUCCUCUUCAUUUACGAGGCAGAGUUCUUUGACCCAGGUGAAGUGCUGUAUGCCUACGACAGCCCUGCAGGCUACGGACUGAUGGGCCUGCAGCUGCUGGCCUACGUGUGGUUCUGCUACGCCGUGCUGGUCUCCCUGAAACACUACCCUGAGAAGCAGUCCUUCUACGUCCCUUUCUUUACCACAUACACACUAUGGUUUUUUGCAGUGCCUGUUAUGGCUCUGAUCGCCAACUUUGGGAUUCCUCGUUGGGCCCGGGAAAAGAUUGUCAACGGCAUUCAGCUCGGCAUCCACCUCUACGCUCACAUCGUCUUCCUCGUUAUCACACGACCUUCAGCAGCCAAUAAGAACUUCCCGUAUCAUGUUCGGACAUCCCAGAUUGGGAUCCUGCUGUCCAGUCCAAAAGGAGGUGAGGGGGCAGAGAGUUUUCCCCAUCAUGCCUAUGGAAAUAGCUCCUUCCUGGGAGACUCUCAACCCAACUUCACUGAACUCUUCUCCAUCCAAUCAGAUGCGGUGAAGACAGUGGAAGAGACAGUGGCCCGUAAAGGACCCGAGGUACCGAGGAACAGCGAACAGAAGAUCAUCACCACUGCUGCUGACUUGAUGUCAAUAUUGCCCCCACCUCCACCUCCGAUACCCCCACGCCCAGCCGCACGCUCGCCCCCGCUGCCGCCCCGGCUCCCUUCCUUCACCGAGUAUUUCAGCAUGCAGAGUGGUGGAGGAGGAGGGUUCGGCACGAAGGCAUGAGAUGGAAAGAAAGACGGGACAGAGGGCAGGACAGAGGGAGAGACUGGAAGGCACGGAGGGAACGGACAGAAUGACAAUUCAAAGUAAAGGAAGAGUCAGAGUGGAAAUCAAAGUGUUACUGUUUAAAGACAAAAGGGGGAAAGGGUUUGGAUGGACGAAGAAGAUAAACCAUUAGAAAAGUGAAUCCCUAAACGGUCCCAGUUCACCUGUGAAUGGAAAUAACCCGAAUGGAGGAGUGAGGGGAAAUGGCUGUGAGAUAGGAGUGCUGAGCUUGUUAAAGAAUAAAGAAGCAAUAAAUAUUUGAUGUUGACCCGUAAAAGGCACAGAGGGAGAAAGAUGACAAAGUGGAUGUAGCCAGAGCAAUAGAAUGAUAGCUGUGCACGAUGCGGAAAUGAACAAAAUUCUUGAAAUACUUUUAUUCAAAAAUUCAUGAGGCAUUGAUGGUCUGCCUGGAAGAGUUUGUAAAUAGCUAAAAUUGAAGGGAGCUAAAACUCUAUAUAGUUUUAUUUUAAAAAAAGGAAAUUUGUUUUCAUGUUUUUUUUUCCCCCCAACACAUCAUUACAUUCCAGUUGGUGCUGUGACCAUAAAAAGAAUCUCAUACCAUUACAUUUAUCUAAUUAAUGUAAAACAAAUAAAAAAAAUACUUUUUAUGUUUGACACAUUUUGAUAAAGCAUAGAUAUUUACUCUAUAUGGAGUUUGUUGAUUUUAUUUAUAUUCUUAUAUGCCUUCAUUGCAGCUGGUUAUUCUGGAUUGAUAUGCUGAUGUGUAAAUGUAAAAUGUCACGUUUACUGUGGGCACUUCUAGGUACUCGUAAAACGCGCAUGUUUGUAUUGUAUUUCCCGUUCAAAAAGCUGAUAUAUGUACUCCACGUGACCAUACAAUAUUCGCUUAUUGUGUGUAUUGAAAUCUAUACUUUUGUAAAUACAUACAAUAGGCUUUAGUAUAUUUUUGACUGGAUAAAUUCUGUUAAUUGUUAUUCCAAUCAAAAACCCUCUUACGCUGUCUGAAACAAUAUAAAACCAAUGUUAU